CUUAUUUUUCACAUAUGCGAAGGUUCGUUUGACGGUAUAGUCAUCACGCACUAUAGAUUUUUAUACAGCCGGUGUUGUCGGUCGAUUUGUAUAAUUUUUAUAAUCAAUAAAUUCUAUACAAAAUGGUCAAGUUAACACCGGACUUGAUCCAACAAUCGAUGCAAUACAUUAAUCCGGUCCGAGAUCGUGAAUUAGAUCUGCGAGGUUAUAAAAUUCCAACAAUCGAAAAUCUUGGAGCAACUUUGGACCAGUUCGAUACAAUAGAUUUCUCCGAUAAUGACAUACGCAAACUGGAUGGUUUUCCUCUCUUGAAAAGAAUCAAAACUCUCUUUUUCAAUAAUAACCGUAUAGUGAGAAUAUCCGAAGGCUUGGAGCAUUGUAUACCAAAUCUGGAGUGCUUGAUGUUAACAGGAAAUAUGAUACAGGAACUCGGUGAUUUGGAGCCUUUGGUGCCGCUGAAAAACCUUCAAAAUUUAUGUCUCCUACAGAAUCCUGUUUCUGCUAAACGACAGUACAGAGAAUACGUCGUUUACAGAUUUCCACAGUUGAGAUUGCUGGAUUUCAGAAAAAUUAAGCAGAAAGAACGAGCAGAGGCUAUUGAAUAUUUCCGCAGUAAAAGAGGCAAAGAAAUGGCUAAAGAAAUAGCUAAAAAAGCUAAAUCGCAAGCACCUGGAGUUGGACUCCCCGACAAGCCUAUGACCAAUCCUGAGGAACGGGCUAAAAUUCGCGAAGCUAUAUCUGAAGCAUCCUCACUGGAAGAAGUUCAAAGACUAAGCAAGCUCUUGCAAUCUGGGCAUGUGCCGGGUGAUGAGAAACGUCAAAAUGGAAACUCUAGACACGAAGCAAUGGAAGAAGAAGACGAUUGAAUCUGCAGUAAAAUUCGAAGUUUUGUUUAAGUUUAAGUUGAUAGAAAAAAAAGUCUUAACCGGAGUAAGUAUAUCGUGAACCUUCGAAAAUGCAAUCUUAUACGGAGUCAUUGAUAUUUGAAAUUAUUGAGUUGAUAAGAUACUGUACAUACUACACAAAUUGCAGUAUUAAAAAAAAAUAAACUUUUGUACAAACAAAAAUGAAUCAUAGUCCAUAAGCCUCGAAGCGAUUCCAAAGAGAAUAAAACAAUUCUCAUAGCCUUGAGAAUAAAGGAACAUUAUUUCUAACUUGAAUUCCUAUUUCUUUCAGCCCGAAGUCUACUCGAUUUCCACUGUAAUCCUCGUUACAAGCAUCAAAUAAUAAAUACAUUUACUCUUGUAA